AUGGCGCGGGUUGACGGGCAGCCAACGGAGCGCAAAGGGAAGAAUCAGAAGCAGAGUCGAAGUGGUGCAAGAGAGAGAGAAGACGUGGGGAAGAAGAAGAAGAGAAGAGAGGCGGGAGAAAUUGUAGAAGAGGCGCGGACGGGGGAGGUCGGCUGCCGCAGCACGGAAGAAGAAGAUGAGGUUGAAGAAGCGACGUUGAAAUCUCCCGAUCGGGAUGAGCCUUCUUUUGACGACUUCUUCCUUUUUCCAACCUUGAACCAAGAAGAAGCUGAUGAUGUUGCAACUUCAGACGACGAACAAGAUGAAGCAGCAGAUAUAUUACAGACAAGAGAGAGAGAAAACGGCCAAGGUCAUGUGCCGUGA